ACUGUAUCGUAAAUAUUUAAUAUAUUUUAGCAAUUUAUAAUUUAUUUUAUACGACUUUUUAGUACUUUUGCGCUGCUUCAUGGCAGUUUAAUAGAAGGUUAGUGAAUUAAUUAUUGCAGUGUUACGAUGAUUUCGGCGCAGGUUUGAACGCGUUGUCUGUUAUCGUUCGUUCGUCAGCGUGGGAUCACGAAUUGUGUAGUGUGUGGAUCGGUGGCAAAAUUGAUCAUUGGCAUGGCGGAACUGCUGCUGGAUCCUAACAUCCGCACAUGGGUCUUCGUGCCCAUCAUCGUGGUAACAUUCUUCAUCGGGAUCAUUCGCCACUAUGUGUCUAUUCUGCUGACAUCCCAGAAGAAGGUUGAGCUGAAACAAGUCAUGGACACACAAGCACUGCUGCGCAGUCGCAUGCUGCGCGAGAACGGCAAGUACAUCCCCAAGAACUCCUUCCUCAUGCGCAAGCACUACUUCAACGAUAAAGAAACCGGGAUUCUCAAGGUGGCGCAAGAUCGGCCGGCUCCGGCGGCCAAUCCAAUGCAAGAUCCCAACACGCUGCAGGACAUGCUGAAGGGUAACCUGGUGAACGUGCUGCCGAUGAUAGCCGUGGGCGGCUGGAUUAACUGGAUCUUCUCGGGAUUUGUCACUACCAAGGUGCCAUUCCCUCUGACCUGGCGCUUCAAGGACAUGCUGCAGCGGGGAAUCAACCUGCCGUACCUGGAUCCGUCCUGGGUUAGUUCUGCGUCCUGGUAUUUUCUCAAUGUGUUCGGUCUACGGCAGAUCUACUCGCUGGUGUUGGGUGCCGACAACGCGGCUGACCAGACCAAGUUCAUGGAGGACCAGGUCAACGUGUCCGGUGCGCCUCCUGAUCCCAAACAAGCCUUCAAGGCUGAAUGGGAAGCGCUGGAGCUGUGUGAACACCACUACGCCCUCCGCGGCAUCGAAGAUGAACUGUUGGCCCAGUAUCCACUCGGCGGUGCGCGACUCCACGACAAGUCCCAAUGAAGAGGAAACAGAGAAGGCCACAAGAGUCUGCCUGGUGUAGCGAUGUGCCUGACAGCUGCAAUCGCGGGCCAUGCCAUCGCUGCUGCUUCUCAAUGAGCAUCCAUCCCAUCCAUCCACUCCCCUUCUCUCCUUUCCUUCCCAGUCUCCCCAGCAUCUUCUGAUCCUUGAUCAUUAGCCAUGUUCAACCAAAGAAUAACAAUCGCAGUCGUUUCUUAGAACAUGUCAAGAGGCUCUUGCUGCUUGUAAGUGUAUACGCGAUGAAUGUCAGUGUUUAGUGUUGAAAUUGUGCGGGAUCGUGUUAUACAGCGAACGGUGAGUGUUCGAGAAGUGCAUUAUUAUUAAAUUUUACUGCUGC